CAAAAUUAAACACAUUUGCUAUCGUAUCGCAAUUCGCAUUAUUUAUUACGUUUAUUAUAAAGCCGUAUAUUUUCAUUUGUAAUUGUUCUUCAAAAUAUAAUUAAAAUGACUAAAAAGAAACCACAUCCGAAUCUUUCCAAAGAAGAAAAAAUGGUGAUAGUGAUAUCAGAGAUUAUACAAGAAUUACUAAUAGCGCAUCGUCAGGGAAAAGAUGUUAACCUCAACAAGAUGAAGACGAGAAUUUCGUCUAAAUACGGAUUAGGAACAUCGCCUAGACUUGUAGAUAUAAUAGCUGCGGUACCAGCUGAUGCUAAAAGUAUACUUUUACCAAAAUUGAAAGCUAAACCGAUACGAACUGCGUCUGGGAUUGCAGUCGUAGCUGUGAUGUGUAAACCGCACAGAUGUCCGCAUAUAAACUUCACUGGGAACAUUUGUGUAUACUGUCCCGGUGGCCCUGAUUCGGAUUUUGAAUAUUCCACUCAGAGUUAUACUGGUUAUGAGCCAACUUCUAUGAGAGCGAUUAGAGCUAGGUACAACCCUUAUUUACAAACUCGGCAUAGAGUGGAACAGUUGAAGCAAUUAGGACACAGUGUGGAUAAAGUUGAGUUUAUUGUGAUGGGAGGCACUUUUAUGAGUUUGCCAGAGGAUUAUAGAGACUAUUUUAUAAGGAACCUACAUGAUGCGCUGUCUGGACAUACAUCUGGUAGUGUGUCGGAAGCAGUAAAGUACUCGGAGAAGGCAAAGACCAAGUGUAUUGGUAUUACUAUAGAGACCAGACCUGAUUACUGUCUGCAGAGGCAUAUGAGUGAUAUGCUGAACUAUGGAUGCACUAGAUUGGAAAUUGGUGUGCAGUCAGUAUAUGAGGAUAUUGCUCGAGACACAAACAGGGGUCACACAGUCAAAGCUGUCUGUGAAAACUUCAACUUGGCUAAAGAUGCUGGUUAUAAGAUUGUCGCCCAUAUGAUGCCAGAUUUGCCUAACGUUGACUUCGAACGUGACGUGGAACAGUUUAUUGAGUUCUUUGAGAACCCCGCAUUUAGAGCUGAUGGCUUGAAGAUCUAUCCAACUUUAGUCAUAAGAGGAACUGGAUUAUAUGAGUUAUGGAAGACGGGGAGAUACAGGAGUUAUCCACCGUCAACUUUGGUUGAUUUGAUUGCUAAAAUAUUAGCUCUGGUGCCACCAUGGACUAGAGUUUACAGAGUACAACGUGAUAUACCAAUGCCAUUAGUGUCAUCUGGGGUAGAGCAUGGCAAUUUAAGGGAACUAGCGCUAGCCCGUAUGGCAGACUUGGGUACGGACUGCAGAGAUGUACGUACCCGAGAGGUUGGAAUACAGGAGAUUCACAAUAAAGUGAGACCGUACGAGGUGGAACUAAUACGUCGUGAUUAUGUAGCCAAUGGUGGCUGGGAGACAUUCCUCUCCUAUGAGGACCCGGACCAGGAUAUCCUGGUUGGUCUGCUGCGGCUCAGGAAGUGUGCUGCUGAUACAUACCGGCCAGAGUUGAAACCCGGACCUAAUGCUAACUUCAAACAGUGCAGUAUUGUGAGGGAAUUGCAUGUUUAUGGUUCUGUUGUCCCGGUAAAUGCUCGUGAUCCGACUAAAUUCCAACAUCAAGGUUUCGGUAUGCUGCUGAUGGAGGAGGCGGAGAGGAUCGCGCGCGAGGAGCACGCCUCCGACAAGAUGGCCGUCAUCUCCGGCGUCGGCACCAGGAAUUAUUAUGCCAAGAUUGGAUAUCAUCUAGAAGGACCUUAUAUGGUCAAAAUGCUUAUAUAAAUAAAGAUAUUUUACAAUA